AUGAACGUUGUACAAAAUAAGAAAAAAACAGUUGGGAAACCACGAUAUCGUCAGAGAUUAAAUUUCGAAGUCGUUGAAGAACAAGUUAAUCCAGAGCGUAUCGUAAAUGAGAAGAUUCAAAGCGAUAUUACAAGAGAUGUGUUUGGUAACACUACAACUUUUAAUUCUUCUUCGGAUUCGCAAGUUAUUCUUGUUUUGACUGAAGGUCGCGGUCAUGCGAGUGGAGAAGUUGGAAUCGCAGCGAUAGACAUCAAUUCACCAACUUUAAUCUUAUGCCAACUAAGUGAUAAUGUUCAUUAUUCUGACACUUUAAACAAAAUCCAAAUUUUGAAUCCAAUGAAGAUUCUUCUUCCUGACACAAUUUUUGAAACUAUGCCAAUACCAAAACUUAUUAAGCUGGUCAAGGAAUCUUUCAGUCACAUCGCAAUGGUUCCCGUUCAACGAAAAUAUUUUAAUGACAAGCAAGGAUUGGAACAAAUCACGACAUAUUGCAGUAGAAAAUCAACAAACAUCCUUCAAGUCAUUGCUCGAAAAUAUUAUUGUCUGUCAUCAGCUGCUGCUUUACUUAGCUACAUAAAGAAUGUCAACAUGUUAUCGUUCGGAAAAAAUUGUUUGAAAGUGGAAUAUCAGACAAAGCAAGGAGGUAUGAUGAUUGAUGCUCCAACAUCAACUCGCCUUGAGCUUCUUUAUUCGUUGAGCGCUGAAAGAAAUGCAAUCAAGAAAUUUUCACUUUUCGCAAUUUUAAAUCGUUGUCAGACUCGAAUUGGUCAACGACAUUUAAGAGCGAACAUACUCGAGCCAAGUUGCAACAUUGAUUUUAUAAAAAAUCGCCAAGAGCAGAUUAAAGUUUUGAUGGAAAACAAAGAAAGUUUAUCAGCUUUACAAGAGUGUUUGGAAAACUUUCGAAGCGUCGAUCAACUUAUGAAAAUUUCUUUGAUUGUACCAGCUGAUGACUGCGAGAAGGCUAUCGAGAAAAAUAUCCAAAUUACUUUAUUAUUAAAACAUUCUUUGGAAUCCAUCAAGCAUCUGUCUGAAGUUCUCCUUAACACGGUAAGUGAAUCAUUUGAGGAAGAUCGCCAGCUACUCUCGGUCGGUAUUUAUCAAGAAAUUCUCGAUAAAAUAAACGAAAAAGUUCAACCAGACAUUCACAAAAAUCGCUUAGCACAAAAGCAUUUUCAACAUCUCUUCGCUGUUCGAGGUUUUGUUAACGAAACUAUCGACUUUUUGCGAAAACUUUAUACUGAAGCAACUGAUAAGAUUCGAGAUUACGUUUCAGAAUUGACAGAGCAAUGUCAAUUGCCAAUUAAACUCAUUCAUUCGACGAAACUCGGUCAUCAUUUGUAUUUGAAGAAUCCCGACAAUCAUCCGUUGCCUACUGAAUUUCAAGUAAUUCAUCACAAAGGAUCGAAUGUAUACAUGACAACAUCCCAGUUGAUUGUUCUUAAUGAUACUACUCAAACAAUAAGUUUUGAUAUUAUUCGUGUAAGCAACACAAUUUUAUGCGAUAUGCUUAUAAAUAUUGCACAAGAAAUUGAUGCAAUUCAUCAUCUAAUUGGUGUUGUCAUUGAUCUUGACAUUGUACAGUCGUUAACACAAGCUUCAACUCAAGAUGGUUAUUGUUGCCCUUCUUUUGAGAGAGUCAUGCGAAUUGAAGAUGGAUAUCAUCCGAUGUUAGAAAGAGCGAGAAACAAAGAUGAUGUUGUCAUGAAUAAUGUUAUAUCAACACCACAAUAUAAUUUCUACAUCAUCAGUGGACCAAAUAUGAGUGGAAAAACAAUCUAUAUAAAAAUGAUUGCAAUAAUUCAAAUCAUGGCACAAAUUGGUUGUUUUGUUCCGGCAUCAAGUGCAAUGCUUAGAAUGACUGACAAACUUUUCUCACGAAUUGGCUUUCAAGAUAGCAUUGAGCAAGGUGCUUCGAGUUUUACUGUGGAACUGAGAGAAAUGGAUUACAUUUACAGUAAUUUAACACCAAACAGUCUUGUGAUAAUGGAUGAAUUGUGUCGAUCAACAAAUCCACAAGAAGGUGAAUUGAUUUGCUGGAAUUAUUGCGAGAAACUUUUGAAGUUCAUCGGUGUUUCCAAUGAAAGUUAUUUUAAGCCAAAACAAGACAUUGAAAUUGAAAAACCUGACGAAGCAUCAACUUCAAAAAGAAACUCUACAGUUGAGUUUCGUGGUUGUGAUGUUAAACUUCGAGAUGUUGCACGUCCAUUUAUCUUCUUAACUACACAUUUUAAGAAUCUCACGAAACUUCCCGAACAAUUCAACAACGCAAUUAAUCUUCAUAUGUUAGUUGAACAAAGAAUCAUUGAAGAACGGCUCCGAUUAGAUUUUAAAUACAAAAUUCAAUCGGGUCCAUCAUCUAUUAGCAAUUAUGGACUCGCUUUAGCAAGAUGUUUAAGAUUUCCUUCAUCACUCUUAGAUCGAGCUGAUGAGUUGAUUGAUCAAAUUGAAGAUGAAACAUUAGUAAGUAUACAGAAACAAAAGAAUGAUCUUGGAACUGAUCAUGGAGAUCAUCCAAUGGAUACAACAGAGAUUAAUGAAGAAACGUCUGAAAUGGAUAAAGAAGUUAUUGAUUUGUUCUCUUGCAUUCUACUCUUAAUGAGUACUGAUGAAAACAAUCAACCGUCCUGGUCAAACAUCAAUAUUGUUAAUCAAAAAUUACACAAGUUAACUAACAUGAUGUCAAAAGAAUUCCGCGAAAUUAUCGGAAAUUGUUCAUUGAAUGAAAUUAUCAGCAUUUUAAAUGGAAGUAAAUUAUCUGAUAAUUCUAAAAAUAUUUCUGACAAUUAAAUAAACAACAUUUUUAAU